AUCAGCUCGCAGCUCGCCUUUCCUGCUGAAGGAGCAGCAGAAGUUCAACCUGGUCCUCUUCACGAAGACUGAGCUGCUUCCAAAAUCUAAGCCGACUAUGAGUGCACACUGCUGACACCUCUGACACUGCUCCCGUGGUCAGUGAGGGGGACAGUUAUCCAGCAAUGACAAUGUUGGGUAUGUACGUGCCAGACCGAUUUUCCCUGAAAUCUUCCAAAGUCCAGGAUGGAAUCGGGCUUUACACGGCGAGACGAGUGAAAAAGGGGGAAAAGUUUGGUCCAUUUGCUGGUGAGAAAAAGUUGCCUGGUGAGCUGGAUGAAAGCUGUGACACCAGGCUGAUGUGGGAGGUGCGCAGCAGUAAAGGAGAUGUGCUGUACAUACUGGACGCAAGUAACCCACGUUAUGCCAACUGGCUGAGGUUCGUUCAUCAGGCCCCCUCACAGGAGCAGAAGAACUUGGCUGCUAUUCAGGAUGGAGAGAACAUCUUCUACUUGGCUAUUGAUGACAUAGAGACAGACACUGAGCUCCUGAUCGGCUACUUAGACAGCGACAUGGAGGAAGAGGAGGAAGAGGAAGAAGAGGAGGACAUCAAUGAUGAUGACGAAGACAGCAGAGAGGCCAAGCACCUUGUUGAAAUGGAGCUGGUGAUAAAGAAAGAAGACCAUCCGUGCCUUCUGUGCGAGAGCAGCUUCCCCAGUGAGGAGAUCCUUGCUGCCCACCUCCAGACCCUCCACCAGAGACCGAGCACCGAGGAGAAGGAGUUCAAAUGCAGGAAUUGCGGCAAAAAGUUUCCUGUCAAACAAGCUCUGCAGCGCCACGUUCUGCAUUGUGCGGAGUCUUUAGAUCCCUUGAGUGAUGCAAAAGGCCACCAGUGUCCGCUCUGCCACAGCACCUUCAGCUCCGAAUCCAGUUUUGAACAGCAUAAAGAAGCCUGUAAAGGAGAUGCCAGGUUUGUUUGUAAAGCUGAGAGCUGUGGCAAAAGAUUCAAGAGCAAGGACGCCCUGAAGAAGCAUAAAGGAAAUGUUCAUUCAGGCAGCGCCAGGCGAAAGCUUACGUGCAAUAUAUGCAACCGAAAAUGCUCCUCGUCGCUGAACCUACAAGAGCAUCGAAAGAUACAUGAAGUAUUUGACUGCCAUGCGUGCGACAAGAAGUUCAUCUCCACCAAUCAGCUCAAACGCCACAUGAUCACUCACUCAGAGAAGCGGCCGUACACCUGCGAGAUCUGCAAUCGCUCAUUCAAACGCCUGGACCAGGUGACGGCUCAUAAGAUCAUCCACAGUGAGGACAAACCUUACAAGUGCAAACUGUGCAGUAAGGAGUUCGCUCAUCGCAACGUCUACAAAAAUCACAAGAAGACUCACUCGGAGGAAAGACCCUUCCAGUGUGACGAGUGCAAAGCCCUGUUCCGAACGCCCUUCUCUCUGCAGCGCCACCUACUCAUUCACAAUAGUGAGAGGACAUUCAAGUGUGACCAGUGCGAUUCCACCUUCAAGAGGAAGGACACACUCAAUGUCCACAUCCAGGUGGUGCACGACGGACACAAAAAGUACAAGUGCGACUUGUGUGAGAAGGCUUUUGUCACACCGUCAGUCCUCAAGAGCCAUAAGAAGACACACACUGGGGAGAAAGAGAAGAUCUGCCCGUAUUGUGGACAAAAGUUUGCCAGCAAUGGCACACUAAGGGUCCACAUCCGCAGCCACACAGGUGAACGUCCAUAUCAGUGUCCCUACUGUGACAAAGCCUUCAGCAAGAACGACGGCCUGAAGAUGCACAUCCGCACUCACACUCGGGAGAAGCCAUACAAGUGCAGCGAGUGCAACAAAGCUUUCAGUCAGAAGCGUGGGCUGGACGAACACAUGAGGACUCACACCGGGGAGAAGCCUUUCCAAUGUGAUGUGUGUGACCUCUCGUUCAGUUUGAAGAAGAUGCUGAGCAGGCACAAGCUCACGCAUAACCCAAACCGGCCCAUGGCAGAGUGCCAGCUGUGCCACAAAAAGUUCACCAGGAACGACUACCUCAAAGUACACAUGGAGAACGUCCACGGCGAAACUGAGAGCUAGUGUGGGCUAAUAAUAAUAUCUGAUAUCACACUCUGUCGAAGCUCACACUGGCAGUUUGAUAGCAUAUGUUCUCAUAAUAUAUACAUAUGUAAUAUAAAGAAUAUAUGGGGACGUACUAUUAGUGUGUAGCUGCGUUCUGUCACAUUCAUUUAAGAGUUGAAAAAGAGCGUGUUCCUAUCAGUGUUACUGUUGGUUCUGUUCCAGCCAUACCUCCCUCUAUAGUCUAUUUAAUGUCUCUAUUCAUAUAAAGCCUGUUAAUUUCAUUUCUGUAACAUUAACAGCCUUGUUUUACUGUUGACAUGUCCGUCACAUUGGUUUGAGCAUUUGUUCUGAAACCCUUUGAAACAAGAUCCUCGCACUGGACAACAGCUUUUGUUUAAAUUGUUUAAACUUGAAACUAUGUAAAAUGUUGUCAACUUUUCAGUCAAGCCAGUUUGAAAAAAAAAUGUGUUAAUGUUCGUCAUUUGUGUUUCAUAAUUUUAUUAUAACCGGUGCUAUCUGUGUUGCUCAGUCCCAGUAGUGGUGACAAUUCAA